GCCGUUAAAGUGACAUCAGUUCUUCGGCGGUAUUCUUUAGCACAACGUCUUGACGUGAGGCGCAUGCGAUCGGCAACGGAGUUUUCAUUUACUAUUGAGAAUAAGCGCAAUCUAUUGAUGCCAGUUAUUAACAACUAUUGCCCAAUAUUUUUUGCUGAGAUAGGCAGCUGAGUUGCCUACACUCUUUCGUGUCUUAUUGUCAAUGUGCUGCGCUUAACGCCGUUCUUCGUGUAUUGAGUUCAAUUAAAAUAAUUUAAAACGCAUCGAGUCCAAAGAUAGUGUAUCCAUAUCUGUUACCAAGACCAAACCAUGUCCGCCCUUGCCGCUGAGAAACGCGCCUCGUUUGCGCGCCGGGCCGAGAGUUUGGUGGAGAGGGUGAGAAUUUUGAAUACCAUAUAUGAGAAAUACAAUAUCAGCACGGAGAAAUGCGGCGAUUUGACUGUUAUUGUGCAGGGCGAUCUGUCGCAGCAGGAGAAACGCGCUGUCUUCAUAACCGUGCACGAUCUGGGCUGCAAUCAUAAUUCGUUUCAGGAAUUUGUGAGCAGUCCAUGCAUGACGGAAAUCAAGGAGCGCUCUUGCUUCAUACACGUCGAUGUGCCCGGCCAUGCCGACAAUGCGGAUGCUCUGCCCGACAAUUUCCCCUUCCCGUCGCUGCAGGCGCUGGGCGAAGAUUUGGUAACGGUGCUCGAUUAUCUACAUGUGAAAUAUGUAAUUGGUCUAGGCGAGGGGGCUGGCGCCAACGUGCUCGCCCGUUUCGGUCUCGCCCAUCCCAGCCGGGCCUUGGGCCUUAUCCUGAUCAAUGCCACAGGCAGUGCUGCAAGUGUCUUGCAGUCCUUCAAGAGCAAGUUCAUUAGCUGGAAAAGCGACGAGGUGGCCCAGUCGGCUGAAAGCUUUCUAAUGUAUCACAAAUUUGGACAUCAAAUUGUUGGCGAGAAUCCAGAUAAGGACAAGAUCGUAUCCGAAUAUCAGAAGCGUUUGCAUCGCUCAUUGAACAGCAAGAACGUUGGCCUCUAUGUCAAGGCGUUCAUGAAUCGAAAGGAUCUGACACUGAAAGGUUGCAAAGUCGAUGUCAUUUUGAUUACGGGAAUGCUCAGUCCGUAUGCCUCGAUGGUGGAGAAGUUGCAUCGCGACGUGGAGAAAGAGCGCGUAACCAUUCUGAAAAUCGAACGCGCUGGCGACGUAUUGGCCGAUGCUCCUUCUAAGGUGGCUCAAUCGAUACUAUUGUUCUGCAAGGGCCAAGGAUUGCUGACAUCGAUCGUGAUGCCCGGUGUGGAUCGCGGCCGCUCCUUCUCUACUGCCAGCUCUGGUUCCUUCGAGCGUCGUCUAUCGCGUGGCGUUUCCAUGGAGGACUACGACAAGCCCAACAUACGCCGCCUAAGCAUCAUGAACAGUGAAUCGUUCUCGGCUAUCUUUAUAUUAAAGCACAUCUGUAUGGACGCGCCGCCGCCAACAAAGCCACCCAGAGGCGUUAAAUAUGGAAAGGAUGAGUCCGCCGGCUGUGGCUUUCUCGUCAACGUCAUCAAAUCGCUGGGCUUCAGCGAGACGACCGAGGAGCGUCAAAAGGAGAAGGAUAAAAUCGAACAAGAAUUCAAACGAUCGGAUCUGCGAUUAAACGAACUCGUCUCACGCCAUGACCAACAGCUGACCCAAGUACUGCCACUAUUCAGCCAAGUGUCCACCGAGGUGACUGCCAGUCGUGAGCGCAUCCACGCGGUCAAAGAGAAUCUGGGCGCCUGCAAGCGGCUUCUGCAAUGCCGUCGCGAUGAGCUUAAAAAGAUGUGGACGGAUGCAGUACAGCACAAGUACGUGCUUGAGAUGCUGGAGCAGAUCCAGGAGCUACGAAAAGUGCCUCAACGUGUGGUCAGCUUCACGACGAAGCGUCAGUAUUUGCAUGCCAGCAAAGCGCUUACCGAUGCUUUAGCCACGCUCAGUGGCCCGUUGGCGGGCGUCGAGGGAUUGGCAGAUCUUCGUACCGAUUUGCAAACGCGCCGGCAACAACUCUAUCAGCGGCUACACGAGGAGCUGGUUACGCAAGUGUAUAAGAACUCCGCUAAUGAGGCGUUCCAGCGCAGUAACUCGAGCCGCCUGAAUUCCAGUUUUACGCGUGGCAUCGGCGCCCGUCGCUCCACGGAUCGAAUUGAGGCCAAUGCCCGCGUGCGCAAAGCAUUGAGCGAAAUGGCACAGGGCUUUGAUCUGGACAAGGCCGAGAUCAUAGAGGAUGCGGAUCUGAUCGAUCCAGAACUGAGCAUGAAUUACUUUAUCGCCAUUAUCGUGGAAUGUUUUGGUAUGCUGCACAAGGUGCCCGAUUCGCUGGAAACACUGCGAGUCCAAAUUCAAACAGAGCUGCUUAAUGUGGUGCGACACACGACGCAUCAAUUGGCAGCUGAUGGUGCAUUACAGGGUGGUGCAGGAGAUAGCAAUCCGUUGCUUAACCUGUUAGAUAUCAUAUUCAAGCAGUUCAAAGCUAUUGCCAAGACGCAUACGCUGCUGCUGAAGAACUACCUGGCCGUUGGUCAAAAGUAUGCGGUCGUGGGGCCGCAGCCCUACGACCUGACGGACUUUUGGGCGCAAGCUCAGUCAGUGCUGCAACUGUUGCUCACGGACUAUUUGGAUAUACAAAACGCAUCGGCAGAUGAGGGCGCGCAAACGGGCUUUGUGGAACCCAUAAACAAUAUUAACUCAUAUUUCCUAAGGCGUAAAGUUCCAAGCACGAAAAGAGCCAUGUUCAAGUUUGACAAAUCAUCGCACAUAGCCGGAAAUGUUGGCAACAGCAGCAACAGAAGUACUCAGGAGCCUUUCAAGGAGCAUCGACGCAAUGCCUCGGAUGCUUCAGUUGAUGACAAUUUAGGUGUCAAUCAUCUAGGCAGCGGCAAAGGAUCUAUGACAGGUCUGCUGCCGCAUGAGAAAAAACAGCGAGAAAAGCUGUUAAUAUGUACGCCCGAUCAGAAUGUGAUCACCAAAGUGUAUUUGCCAUUAAUGGGCUACAUACAGGAGAUUGAGAACUUCAUGAAGUGUAAGCCAGGGCAACCUUGCAGUCUGCACGAUUUCGUGGAUAAUUAUAUAAAGGAUACAUUCCUAUCAAAGGGUCAUAAUCGAAACUUGCAAUUGACUAUCGAGUCGCUAUCCAAGAAUCAGGACGCCUGGCGAGCCAUUGUAACGCCCGAGGAAAUGAAAGCUCUAAAUCUAAGUCGACCCCUACUGCAGUCCACCGUCAUGGUGGAACGUCGUCUGGCGGAGACCAAGAAUUUAAUUCAAGAUUUGCCCUGCUACUCGGAAGAGCUGCUAAAGAUGGUGUGUGCGCUGCUCAAGGCGUAUCGCGAGAUAUGCCAGACCGCCUACAGGGGCAUUGUGCAGCCGGAUUCAGAAGAUAAGCGCAUAUAUAGUGUUGCUUGGCUAAAGGAUGAGGACAUAAGUCGUUUCUUAAAAACUCUGCCCAAUUGGACGGAUUUGAAGACCUCAAGUCAACGCGCAAGGCACACGCGUAAACUGCAACGUGGCAACUUUGAACCGUCUGAGGAGGAAAGUCCACUCCAGGUCCAGCAACGCAAUAUUCGUGAGGCCGAAAUGCUAACAAGCAAUUUAGGUGAAGGCGGCAUAACACAGCAGGAAAUUUUGGCUGACAUAAGCGUCCUUAAGGAGUUAGCCAUAUUGCAAGAGAGCAUGGAAUGGUUUUCGUGCCGUGUCUCAGAGUUUGCCAAUGAGCUGAGGCGUCCAUUGGUCAAUGGCAUGACCACAGCAACGCCCGAGUGUGCGGCAAAUGUGGCCAUCAAGGAUGGCACCAUCAAGGUGAUGACUAAUUUGGCAUUGGAAUUCGAUGAACUCGCAAACACGUGUCUGUUAGUACUGCAUCUGGAGGUUCGAGUGCAAUGCUUCCACUAUUUGCGAUCCAAGACGAGCGUCAGAACCAAUAGCUAUGUGGGAUCCAAGGAUGAUAUACUGGAACCAGAUCGUCAAGUCCUGGUACUAACGAAACGUUUGUCCGAAAUGGAUGAAGCAUUCAGCGCCACUCUGCACCCACGCAAAACAAGGUACAUUUUCGAGGGAUUGGCUCACCUAGCAGCGCGCAUUCUUAUACAGGCUUCCAACUACUUGGAGAACAUCGAUCAGAUUACAGUGCAACGCAUGUGUCGCAAUUCGAUUGCACUACAGCAAACGCUAAGCAACAUUACGGCAUCUAGGGAAAUUGCCUUGGAUCAGGCCAAACAUUUCUAUGAGCUGCUCUGCAUGCAACCAGAUGAAAUACUAAAUGCGUUGCUAGAACGCGGCACACAAUUCUCAGAGAUGCAAUUGCUGAAUGCAUUGCAAUUAUCCUGCAAAGCGUGUGGGAUAACUGACGUCAAUUCAUUGGCUAGCUAUCAGCAAAAACUAUCCGAUAUAUUGGGCGCAAAGCCCUCCAAGGGUGUUGUUGUAUAAUAGAUAGUUUUCUUUUUUAUAUACUUGCGCCUUGUUUGCCCACUCACACAUAUAACAAUAAUAAUUUUUAAUGUGUAAGUGCAAAGAGUAUGCUUAGUGUUAAGUCCAAAUUGAUUAUAAAUGUUUUGAACAUGUUGGUAUGCACUUGGUGUUGCGAUGUAGUCCUUUAUAUACUUAUAUUCUAAAGUUCAUGAACAAUAUUGUAAUAUGGCUUAUACGCAAUAAAAUGCAAAUGUUACAACGAA